AUGGAUCCGGCACUCCCACGAUUUAUGACGCGCAUGAUUCUGUCUACGACGCCACAGCAAGCCUUUCAACAGGUAGAUGAACUUGUUCUGCAGGCCGCAGCUCUGCGAGAACAGACCAAGGAGCUCCAAGGACAAAUUGACUUUCUCAACGAUCGAGCCGACUGUCUGACCACAACGGCUGAAGGCCUUCAAGAGUUCGCGAAACAUGAUCGCGACGCUAUACAGACUAUAUUCGAACGAUCCCUCUCCGUUUACAAACACAUGUACGCGAUGUAUGUAUCCGCCCCGCGGAAAGCAGCACGCUUUAAUGAUAUCAGAACACGCUCGGAGGAUGGCAUGGUGACCAUGGAAGAGAUGGAGGCAUUCCUUGAAGAUGUUUACCAGUAUUUCCUCGUUACAUCAGAACGGACACAGAGAUCAGCCACACCUGAGCCCGAAAGCCCACCUUGUUCUUCGGACGCGCUACCAUCCAUAGACCCAGCUCAAAGCGAGUCUGAAGCGGAGUUUCCAGACACACGGGGUUUGAAGCGAAAGUUAUCCGCGGUUCGAGAGGAAGAUGAGAGUGGACCAGACGCAAGUUCGGAGGGGUCUGACACUGUCAAGGAUUGUGUAAGGUCGGAGCACCACCCGCUCUCAAACGAGAAUGAUGAAGAUGAAUCGGUCCGGAAUGCUAAAACACAGGACGAGAAUAGUGGUGGAAAUACGAGAAACAUGGACGAAAGCUCAGACCAGGAACCGGAAUCGGCAAGUAACAAGGAUUUUGAUCAUCACCACGUCGAUUCCGAGACGACACGAUCGUCUGAUAAGGGAGAAUCAUCAGCACCUACGAGCUCUCAUGGAGCCGCCAACGCCGUCAAGCCAGCUCCCAAGCAAUAUUUGGAUGGUAAAAGGGGCAAGAUCGCUUCGCCCUUUUGUGGCACCAGCAAAGCGGCACGGCAACGUCAAAACAAGCAGCUAGGAGGGGCGGGCUUCGUCUGGAACGCAUCUCAACGUCAAUGGGAGCGCCCAGACUACGCUACCUGA